CAACUUUUUGAAAAGAUAGCCGUUGAGGAGAGAGAGAGAGAGAAAUGACAGAAAGCCGAAGCAACACACUUUCAUGGGCUGAUGAGGUAGAGAAAGAAGAAGAAGAAGAAGCUCAAGCUCACCUCUUUCGUCAAACCAAAACACAAAAACCAAACCCUUUUGGGUCUGCAAGGCCUAGAGAAGAUGUGCUCAAGGAAAGAGGGAUUGAUUGGAGAGUCAUCGACCACGGUCAAGGUCUACUCCAACUACCAUUCUCUGACCGCAUCAAAAAGCAUUGUAAUGGGAAACCACAACGAGAAAUCAUUUCGAAUCCGGCACCUGGCGGGCCGACAAGGAACCUGGAACAGGUUUUGCCUUUGGUCCAACCAGUACUUGUGAGUCACUGUAAUCAGAUUCCCAUUAGAUGCCCACCAAGAAAUGGCAUCCUCAAAUGGAUAGAGAAGCCCUGCAUUUCUCCCAACAUUGGGCGAGGAAGCUCAAAUCGUUUUGAGCCGGAAAAGGAGAACAUGGUUCAUGAACACAGGCUGCAAAGGGACCACUGCGUUAAGAGUUCCAACCCCAGAACUCACAAGGGUCCUUGCCCAAAUGGGAAAACAGAGGAAUGUGGGACUAAAGCCAAGCGAGGCCAAGAGAAGAGUCGGAGAUGGAGCAAUGUGGCAUCCAUAAAAGAUUGCCCAAAUGGGAAAACAGGGGAAUGUGGUACUAAAGCCAAGCAAGGCCAAGAGAAGAGACGGAGAUGGAGCAAUGUGGCACCAAUAAAAGAUGGAACGGCUAGCUCUAAAGAGCUCUGCUACCGCAGAGUGCAAAGUAGUGUUCCUGCAGGUAUUGAGCUGAAGAAGAUGAAAAUGUCCAAUGAACCGCAGAAGACAGUGGAGGACUUCCAGAGCUCCCAUGUAGUUGCUGGUGAAUGUGGCCGAGCUAGGGUUGGUCACCGUCAAAAGAGAAGAGGAACCCAACAAAAACAAAAAAACAACUUAAUCGGAGCAUUGAAUUGAGUUGGGUGAUUAUUUGUAGUAGCUAAUUUGAUGUCUUGUAAAACAAUUUAUUUUUCGGAGACACUAACAAGUAACGUCAUUUGAUUAAGAAAUGUAAUGUAAUCUCUUCCAAAUUCCUUGUU